AAAUUCCAUCAUUUCGGACGGAGGAGCGACGCAGCCCCUUGGCAGUGUCCGUUGUCCACCGACUGCUACACCUUCAAAUAUUUAACUCAAAAUGACAACUGUAUGUCAUCGUUGCGAAAAGACUGAAUCGCAGAAGGUGAGCAUGUCAGGGAAGAAUGGGCACUGCUCCUGUCUGAAAUGCAAGCACUGUAGCAAGGCCUUGUCUCCCGGCAGCCAUUCUAUGUAUGAUGGAGUGCCCUACUGCGACAAACCAUGCUAUGAAAACCAGUUUGGACUUAAAGCCUCAUUUGCCAACACAUCCUCCAAGAGCUCCUCCAGCAACUGGCCCCCGAUGCCCUGGGCAAGACCUGACAUGGACCACAGCCGCCUGAGAGCGGUGAAUGUCAAAGGGGAGUGGUACAUGAUGCUUUGUGAUGACAGCUCUCCCCGCAGCCACAGCUGUGCUGGAGAUGAGAUGAACCACAACCAAAACCAGACAGGAGUUGUGAAUGUAGAAGGGGUGUGGUACAACGUUUAUGACUCGCCCCCUGCUGAACUGGACAAACAAUCACUAGAGGAGCCUUCCAACCACAAGCAGCUAAAAGUGGAUUCAUCGCUGGCCCACAGCAUGUGCCCUAGCUGUGAUAAAGUGGUCUACUUUGCGGAGAAAGUGGUAUUUAAUGGGUGCUACUGGCAUAAGGCCUGUCUGCGCUGUGAGAGGUGUAGGAAAAUACUGCCCCCUGGUGGAUCUGCUGAGCAUUUGGGCUUGCCAUACUGCCACAAGCCCUGCUAUGGAAUUCUCUUUGGACCAAAGGGGGUGAACAGAGGACUGAUCGGCUACAUCCCAAAAGAAAUAUAAAUGGACUGGAUUAUGUGUUUUGAAUUUUAGCAUACUUUAAUAAACACAGAGCAAUACUAAUAAUCAA